CAAAGGUAGAUGGCUUCCACUGUUAGAUAAGGGAGCUCUCUCCUUGACUGGGGGAUAAGUGUGGGGACCAGGGGCUGGACAAGGUGUGGUUUCCAUUACCACCAGGUUCAGGACUGAGGGGCUCCGAGUCCAGUGUUCCCCUGUCCCUCCAGCCUGGCUGCGAGACCCAUGCCCCUUCUCCUCUUGCAGUUUGGACGCACCGAGGUCAUUGACAACACACUCAAUCCCGACUUUGUGCGCAAGUUCAUCGUGGAUUACUUCUUCGAGGAGAAGCAGAACCUCCGUUUUGACCUGUAUGAUGUUGACUCCAAGAGUCCUGAUUUAUCCAAACACGAUUUCCUGGGCCAGGCCUUCUGCACCCUUGGAGAGAUUGUGGGGUCCCCUGGGAGCCGCCUGGAGAAGUCCCUCACAAUAGGAGCGUUCAGCCUGAAUUCCAGGACAGGCAAGCCCAUGCCGGCUGUGUCCAACGGCGGCGUCCCAGGGAAGAAAUGUGGCACCAUCAUCCUGUCUGCCGAGGAGCUCAGCAACUGCAGGGACGUCGCCACAAUGCAAUUCUGUGCCAACAAGCUGGACAAGAAGGAUUUCUUUGGGAAGUCUGACCCCUUCUUGGUGUUCUACAGAAGCAACGAGGAUGGAACGUGA